AUGGAAGAUGAAGGGAUCUACAGCGGCUACAAGAUCAAUAGAUGGGCUCCAAGCGUCUCACAUAUAAUGUUCGCAGAUGACGUGAUGCUCUUUGGCAAUACUGAUACUAAAAUAAUAAACUCUAUCACCUUAGUCUUACAACAGUAUAACCACAUCUCAGGCCAGCUGGUUAAUUACUCAAAAAGCUCCAUUCACUUCAGUAAAAGUGUCUCAAAUACUUAUGUAGAAGAGAUCAUUCAACAAUUGGGGCUCUUGCAGGAAGAAGAAAGAAAAUUUAUCCCAUGCUGGUCGUACAGUGCUCAUUCGGUCAGUACUUUCACUCAUCCCAGUUUUCUACAUGGCCACGAAAAUGAUACCAAAAACCGUCUUAAACAAGUUGACACAGAUAUUCGGGAAUUUUUGGCGGGGUCACGACAGGAAGAAGAGAAAAAUGCAUCACUUAAAUUGGGAGUGGUUCAAUCUGCAAAAGAGAAGGGAGGUUUGGGAUUACGAUCUCUUUAUGAUCUUAACUUAGCUCUUGUAGCCAAGCUUGUUUGGAGGUUCCUUAAAGAACAAGAUGCAUUAUGGGCUCAAAUUCUGCGUGCGAAAUACCUAAGGGACAGUUCCUUCUGGGAGGUAAAGAAGAUAACUAACUGUUCAACAACUUGGGACGCAAUGCUUGACAAUAGAGAACAACGGAAGAAAUGCUGCAUCUGGCUCGUGGGGAACGGGCAAUCUAUCAAUAUUUUUUCAGAUCCAUGGGUUCAUACUCUUCCAGGUUUUGUGCCAGAGAAGCUUGUAGAUGGAAAUAACAAGCACAAGAAGCACAUAUGCAAUAAUGAUGAAGAGUCAGUAAAACAAAUUUUACAUCACUGCAGCUUCGCCCAAGCUGUAUGGUUCGCCUCUCCUCUCGGCCUCCGUCUUCAAGAGAGCAAUCAAUUGGCCCUCACAAGUCUCAUGGAAUCCCUUUUCAGUGCAAACGACAACAACUCUUCUCUUGCUCUAGGAAUGGCCAUCUGUUGGGACAUUUGGAAAUGCCGCAAUGCAAAAGUUUUUGAUCAAAAGAACAUGAAUGUUCAUGAUGCUCUGACAAUAGCCCUUUACUGGUUCAAUAUCUAUCACAACUACAAUGGGGAUGAAGAACUUAAUGGGAUGGAAAGCAACCACCAGACUGCAGUUGUACCGACCAACGUAACCUGGACUCCUCCGGACCACCCCACCAUCAAGAUCAACGUCAAUGCUGCUUGGAGAGAUGGAGCUUUUGCUUGCGCAGCGGUUGCUAGAGACCACACUGGUCACUGUCACGUGCUGGUACCUGCUGGGAAGAUCAGACUCAGUUAUUUUUGUAGAAGCUACUGGAUUUCAUCUAGUUGUUGA